AUGUGGUCGAAAAUAAGCAGCGCGCUCAAGCCGAACAAGGACGUCGACCAAGACCUACAAACAGAUGUUCUAUCAAGAGUCUAUGAGCAACAUCCAAACCUGUCCGUAUUUCACGAACAACCAUCUUCCAAGAAAUUCGGUCUACCAAAGAAAGUCAGAUCACAUCUUCACUUGAGAUCAAACAGCUCGCAAGUGUCUCUCACUCGUGGUUCAUCAGAUACAGUUCGCGAAUCAAGUCGUCCCUCCCUCGACCUAGGCAGCGUACGUUCCAUUCUCCGCGAUCCAAAGACACCAGGAACAGGCCAAAACGUCCGUUUCUUCUCUCGCGAUGCAUACAAACCCAUCAGCCCAGACGCUUCAGCUUCGACAUCCGAACCUUCGCCAAUCACUUUCGCAGACCGGCUCGCACGCGUAGCUCGUCCAUCUGCAAUGGAGGUAUUUGCAGAACAAGACACUUCCAAUCUAUUCAACUUGGGUCCUGGAAUCGAAAUCCCACCAAUCCUAGACACAGCAAUCGAAUUACCUGAGGCAUUCCCUCAAUCUUCAACUCCCUUCAGAGCCAUAUCGGAAAUCAUCAUCGACCCUUCAUUCGCCAUAUCCCCCACAACCUCUACAUUCUCAGAUGAGAUAAAUAUCCCCCCAACAUCCCCUCCCCCUCCCAUACGAAGCCGCUCCCGCGCACUCAGCGACACUGUCUUCCAAACAAUGCUUAGAAAACACGCACCAGAAACUGAGAUCAACGACACCUCAGGUCCUUCACUCGUACUCGCUCCAGAACCACCAGACCCAUUCCGCGCAAAUGCCACAACCUAUUACACUCCAGGAACAAUAAUCCCGCCUACCCCUCCCCAACCAACCCACUCCCGCACAGCUUCCAAAGACGAAGACAUCAUAUGGAACCUCCGUACCCAACUAGCGCUCUCACAAGAACUCUGCGCACAGUACGAGAUUGAUCUGGGAGCGAGAGACGAACUCGUUCAAGCUCUCACCCAACGCGCAGAAGUAGCCGAAAAGGAAAAAGAAAAGAGCAGAAAUGUCUUGCGCAGCUGGAAAAAGAAAGCAAGUGAACUCGAGCGCAUGUGUCGCACCCUCGAAGAAGAAGUCGAUACCUCCAGACAAGAAAGCCUCGAGCGCAGCGUCAUGGACGAAGCAAGCGGAGAAGCCCUCCGCAUGCUCCAUCGUCAAAUAUCACAGCUUGAGCGCGAAAAGGAGGCAUUGCAGGACCACGCAGAUACCGCUCACCUACGCGAUCAGCUCCAUGAGAAAGACGCAGAACUUGACAAACUACGUGAGGAGAUAAAAGGCCGGGAUGAUGCAGAACGCGUCUUGCGUGAUGGGAUGCGCGAGGCUAAAGAGCAGAUGGAUCACCAUUCUGCAAGGUCUUCAAUGGCUGAGGAAGCUCUCGUCGUGGCAAGUGAGGAGGAACGAGUGAGGCAUGAGACCAUCGAACUCGCAUGGGCAGAAGAACGGAUGCGAAUGGUCGAUGCGCACAAGGCUCUCCAAGUGGACAAGAACGCCCUCUCCGACGCAGUCCAGCGCAUGACUUCUGACCUGGAGCAUAUUCAAUCAGAACACGCCAACGCCAUCGAAAUCGCGCACAAUGACCUCGACGCAGCCCACCAAGAAUCCGCUGAACUUCACAGCAAUAUCGAAGACCUCCAGAACGAAACCGAAGCCCUCAAAACCGACCUGGAAGCUCUCGAAACCAAGCUCCUGAACAUGGAAGAAGAAUGGAGUGUAGGCGAGAACCAGCGCGCCGACCUCGAAUCAGAGCUCCUCCGAACCACUGAAGAGCACGAAACCCACAUCACAUCGCUGACAGCCGAACUCACCUUUGCCCACGAAAACAUCUCCCGCCUCGAAACCAAUAUCAAAGAGCGCGACGCCUCCAUCUCAAACCUUACCACCACCCUCCUCUCACACACAGACGAAGCCGAAUCCCUCCGCGAAGAACUCGCCACUCUCAAAGUCGAGCAUUCUCGUGCUUUCUCUUCCCAGACGCGCGCCCUCCAAGAUCUUCAAACGCAAGAAAAAGACUUGCGCACGCAGCUUGAAGUGGCGCUUCGGGAGCGGGCGGAGAGCGAUAUCAUGCUGGUGAACAGCAAAGAGCGCGUGGGGUCGUUGAUGGAUGAAGUUGCGAGGUUGAGGAGGACAGUGCAUGAGAUGCAGCAGACGAGUGCUGCACGCGAGGUUACUAUUGUGCAGUUGCGCAAGGAGCGAGAGAGGGAUCGGGAGGAUGUUAAUGGGCUUAAUAUCGCUCUUGACUCGAAGCAGCAAGAACUUGAACUCAUCAAGAGGAAGAUUUCCUUGAAAACUGCUUCUACACCGACGCCUGUUCCGAGCAGGGCUAUAAGGCGCGAGUCGAUGGCGGGAACGCCUUCUUUAUCCUCGCGGCCUCCUUCAUCCAUGUCAGACGCAUCGAAAGAUGGGAAAUCGGAUACCCCUUCUUUAGCGCCCCGGGCGAGUCUCAGCGCUCUCACCCGUAGCGUCCGUAUCAACGCCAACGCCCCAGGCAAAAUGGGUCCUCCAGCUCCCAAGCCUCGUUCGUCUCUUGCAACUCCCACACCUCUCACCCGCGCAUCCCUAACUUCAUCUACAUCCCGCGCACCGUCGUCGCUUGGCAAAUCAGGCGCGACUCCGAGACCCAGUGGGCUUGGGCUAGGCGUGACGACGCGGAGGGUGUCGACGAGUUCUGUAGAAUCGAACUUGAAGACGCCCAUCGGUACUGGUGCGAGGAGGGUCAGUGUUAGUUCGAGCGUGCCUAGUGAAGUUGAUGAGAAGGAGAACGCGAGUGCUGGUGGGUUAAAGAAGCCGAGGAGGGCUGUGCCUGCAUAG